GCAAAAACGUAGCUAUAAGACCCAUGGUAGCACCCCAGAUUCUCAGCCAACAUUAAGCCGUCGGAAUUUUUGGACAACUCGCAGUGACUGUGCAACCCGCGCCAUCUACUCUUGUUUCCAAUGACCUCCAAAUUCAACCUCAACUGCUUAGUCUUAGGCGACCACCCCAGGAACAUAUUCCCGGUCAAGAUUACAUGGACAGAUACUGUUGGCGACCUGAAAGACACUCUCCAACUGUGGAAAGUCGACCUACCUGUCGACGACACCCUCGGGCGUAAUCAUCUCGACGAGCUUGAACUAGAUCACAAGACACCAUUGUCGCCUGUGGAUGAGAUAUUUGAGGUUUUUGACAGUCCUCCUCAACAUAAGCACCUGCAUAUUGUUGUCCAGCCGCUACCUGCUGGCGUUUCCCGCAAAGCCAGCCACCUGUCAAUCAAACUCAAUUGCUUAGUCUUAGGCGACCACCCCUGGAACAUAUUCCCAGUCGAGAUUAUAUCGACGGAGGUCGUCGGUAACCUGAAAGAUUUGAUCAAGGAAAAGAAUCAGCAUGAAUUCAAUAAUUUUGAUGCUAAGAAUCUCAAGCAAUGGAAGGUCGACCUGCCUAUUGACGACACCUUCGAUGGUAAUCUCAACGAGCUCGAACUAGAUCACAAGAAACCAUUAUCACCUGUGGAUGGAAUGUUUGAGGUUUUUGACAGUCCUCCUCAACAUAAGCACCUGCAUAUUGUUAUGCGGCAUCAGUAA